CUACCUGCUGGCCCAGCUCAGCACUGCCAGCCCAGACGAAUCACAUGCAGUUGUGCUGGGAGAGGAGAAAAAAAAAGAGACUGCUCAGCUCAGAUUUCACUAGUUUGCUUUUUUCCUUAUCAGAGGCAAAGUCUUAAAGGCCUAGAAGGUUUCAGCAGCACCCUACCAGCUGUGAUUAACCCUACUGCUGCCACCUCCUGUGUACAGGUAAAAUGAACAUUCAGGAGUAUUUCUCAAGAAUUUCUUUUGAUGGCUCCCAUAAGGAUGCAGACUUGCAAACCUUAACAGCCAUCUUCCAGCAUCACAUCCAGGCGAUUCCUUUUGAAAACCUCAGCAUGCAUUGCGGAGAGACCAUUGACCUGGAUUUGCAAUCUACUUACAAUAAAAUAGUGAAAAAGAAACGUGGUGGAUGGUGCAUGGAAACAAACUAUCUUUUAUUUUGGGCUUUGAAAGAAAUGGGGUAUGACGUCUGUGUGCUCGGAGGAAAUAGUUAUGACCCAGCAAAGAAGGCAUACAUUGAUCAAAUAAAUCACAUCCUACUGAAGGUUGUGAUCAAGGGAAGUUCCUACAUAGUAGAUGCUGGUUUUGGUGGUGGUCCCUACCAAACAUGGUUGCCAAUGUUGCUGAUUUCUGGGAAGGAUCAGCCCCAGAUUCCUGGCAUCUUCCGCUUCACAGAAGACAGUGGCAUCUGGUACUUGGAGAAAGUCAAGAGGAAACAUUAUGUUCCAGACGGAAGUGCUCCUUUCUCUGAUACUCCAGAAAUGGGCAAUAUCAGAAAACUAUAUUCAUUCACUCUUGAGCCAAAACAUAUAGAUGACUUCCAGGAGCUAAACACAUACCUACAAGUGUGUCCGGAUACCAUACUUCAGAAGAAGUCCAUCUGCAGCCUCCAGACCACUGAAGGGUUUUAUGCCCUAGUUGGAUGGACCUUCUCUGAGAUGAAGUACAAGUACAAGGAGGACACAGACCUGCUGCAGACCACAACCCUGACAGAUGAAGAGAUUGCAGAGACACUGAAAGAAAAAUUCAACAUAGUGCUAGAGAACAAAUUGAUACCAGUUAAUGUUCGUGGCUUGCCACCUAAUCUGGUAGAUUCCAUAUAAUUCACAACACAGCUAAAUGAGUCUUUAAACGUCCAGUAUUGAAACUUCUAAAACUAACAUUAAAAGCACUAAUGAAUCCUAAAAAUUCAGCUAAUUAGAUAAACAGAAAGCUUGGUAAAUUCAAGUAUAUUGUUAGUUAACUGCCCAUACUCAUUUCAUAUUUUUUCUUACGCUUCUCCUUCAGAAACUAAAAUAUCUUACUUCCUUUAAUCUUCUCAUG